AUGGCGGCGUCAGUCGAAAACCGGCAGUUCAACCGUCUUUCUUUUAAGCCCACUCCAGCGGCUGGUUACCACCACCGGUCUGACUCCCCAGUCCGUGGCUGCAAUUUUCCAUCAAAUCCCAGUUCUGAAUUCAAGAAAAGUAAUGGUAGCACUGUAUUUGAUUAUUCUUCCAGUGAAGAUGAUGAUGACGAAAAUGAAUGUGUAAAUGCAAUCAAGAAAGCAAACGCGGAGCUGGAACCAUCUGUGUUUGAUUCAAGAGACGAAGGCACGGCGGAUAAUUGGGUUGAGCGCAACCCCUCAAUGGUUCGACUGACCGGAAAACACCCUUUUAACGCGGAGGCGCCACUGACCCGCCUCAUGCACCACGGAUUCAUUACGCCUGUUCCACUUCACUAUGUACGAAACCAUGGCUAUGUCCCUAAAGCCAGAUGGGAUGAAUGGACAGUUGAAAUCACUGGGCUCGUUAAACGCCCAAUGAAAUUAACAAUGCAACAACUGGUCGACGAAUUUCCCAGCAGAGAAUUCCCGGUGACUCUAGUCUGCGCUGGAAAUCGCAGAAAAGAACAAAACAUGGUGAAACAGACCAUAGGUUUCAACUGGGGCGCGGCUGGAAUAUCCACCUCCGUCUGGCGUGGAGUGCCACUGCGUGCCAUUUUGAAGCGGUGCGGUAUUUACAGCCGUAAAAAAGGUGGUCUGAAUGUCUGCUUUGAAGGGGUGGAGGUUUUGCCCGGAGGCGGUGGAGCCAAAUACGGCACUAGCAUUAAGAAGGAAUUCGCCAUGGAUCCGUCAAGAGAUAUUAUUCUAGCUUACAUGCAGAACGGCGAAAAAUUGGCUCCGGAUCAUGGAUUUCCGGUGAGAAUGAUAAUUCCGGGAUUCAUCGGUGGAAGAAUGGUGAAAUGGCUGAAAAGAAUCACCGUUACUACAGAGGAAUCCAACAAUUAUUAUCAUUACAAGGAUAAUAGAGUUCUUCCAUCACAUGUUGAUGCCGAACUAGUUGAUGCCGAAGCAUGGUGGUACAAACCUGAAUACAUAAUCAACGAGUUAAACAUAAACUCAGUGAUCACAACACCGUGUCACGAAGAGAUUCUGCCUAUCAACUCGUGGACAACUCAGAGGCCUUACACAUUGAGGGGCUACGCUUAUUCUGGCGGUGGGAAGAAAGUGACGAGGGUCGAGGUUACUAUGAAUGGCGGUGAGACAUGGCAGGUUGCCACUUUGGACCACACGGAGAAGCCGAACAAGUACGGCAAAUACUGGUGCUGGUGCUUCUGGUCACUAGAGGUGGAGGUGCUGGAAUUAAUUGGUGCCAAAGAAAUAGCAGUUCGGGCAUGGGAUGAAACUCUCAACACGCAGCCCCAAAAUCUGAUUUGGAAUGUCAUGGGAAUGAUGAAUAAUUGUUGGUUCCGAGUGAAAACUAAUGUGUGCAAACCGCACAAAGGAGAGAUUGGAAUCAUCUUCGACCACCCAACUCAACCCGGAAACCAAUCGGGUGGAUGGAUGGCUAAGGAGAGGCAUUUGGAGAAAUUCUCCGAAGAAAAUCAAACCCUAAAGAAGAGCGUUUCGUCGCCUUUUAUAAACACUUCUUCAAAAAUGUAUUCAUUGUCUGAGGUUAAAAAGCACAACUCGCUUGACUCCGCCUGGAUCAUCGUCCACGGACACGUCUAUGACUGCACUAGCUUCCUCAAGGACCACCCGGGUGGCACUGACAGUAUUCUCAUCAACGCUGGCACGGACUGCACGGAAGAAUUUGAUGCCAUCCAUUCUGAUAAGGCCAAGAAGCUUUUGGAAGACUAUAGGAUAGGUGAAUUGAUAACUACUGGUUAUACCUCAGAUUCUAGUGCUUCAUCUCCUAACAAUUCAGUUCAUGGUCCCCCGGGAGGCGGUCUCUACUUAGCCCCGAUCAAGGAAAUUGCACCGGCAAGAAAUGUUGCCCUCAUUCCACGUGAGAAAAUUCGAUGCAAACUUGUUUCCAAGACGUCAAUUUCCCAUGAUGUUCGAGUGUUUCGAUUUGCAUUGCCUGCUGAAGAUCAGGUUCUAGGAUUACCUGUUGGGAAGCACAUAUUUUUGUGUGCUACAAUCGAGGAUAAGCUUUGCAUGCGAGCUUAUACACCAACAAGUGGAGUUGACACGGUCGGAUAUUUCGAGCUAGUCGUGAAGAUCUACUUCAAGGGAAUUCAUCCCAAAUUUCCAAAUGGCGGGCUUAUGUCACAGCAUUUGGACUCACUCCAAAUUGGAUCAUUCUUGGAUGUGAAGGGUCCUUUAGGUCACAUUGAAUACACAGGAAAGGGCAACUUUUUGGUGCAUGGCAAACAUAAGUUUGCCGAGAAACUAGCCAUGCUCGCUGGUGGCACGGGGAUUACUCCGGUUUAUCAAGUUAUGCAGGCUAUUUUGAAGGAUCCCGAGGAUGAAACUGAAAUGUUUGUAGUAUACGCUAAUCGCACCGAAGAUGAUAUACUACUUAAAGACGAACUAGACGAAUGGGCUGAGAAAUAUCCCGACAGGGUCAAAGUGUGGUACGUCGUCCAAGAAUCUAUUAAAGAAGGAUGGAAAUAUAGUUUGGGUUUUAUCACGGAGAGUAUUCUCCGAGAACACAUUCCCGAAGCAUCGAAAACCACUCUCGCAUUGGCCUGCGGACCGCCACCGAUGAUGCAGUUCGCCAUUAAUCCCAAUUUGGAGAAGAUGGGUUAUGAUAUAAAGAAUUCUUUGUUGGCGUUCUAG